CCCAGCCUGGUAUCAGUGCCCCCCGCCCAGCCUGGUAUCAGUGCCCCCUGCUCAGCCUGGUAUCAGUGUCCCUGCCCAGCCUGGUAUCAGUGUCCCUGCCCAGCCUGGUAACAGUGCCCCCUGCUCAGCCUGGUCUCAGUGCCCCCUGCUCAGCCUGGUAUCAGUGCCCACUACCCAGCCUGGUAUCAGUGCUCCCUGCCCAGCCUCGUAACAGUGCCCCUUGCCCAGCCUGUUAUCAGUGCCCCUUGCCCAGCCUGUUAUCAGUGCCCCCUGCCCAGCCUGGUAUCAGUGCCCCCUGCCCAGCCUGGUAUCAUGCCCCCUGCCCAGCCUGGUAUCAGAGCUCCCUGCCCAGCCUGGUCUCAGUUCCCCCUGCCUAGCCUGGUAUCAGAGCUCCCUGCCCAGCCUGGUCUCAGUGCCCCCUGCCCGGCUUUGUAUCAUGCCCCCUGCCCAGCCUGGUAUCAGAGCUCCCUGCCCAGCCUGGUCUCAGUGCCCCCUGCCCCGCUUUGUAUCAGUGCCCCUGCCCAGCCUGGUCUCAGUGCCCCCUGCCCAGCCUGGUCUCCAGCCCAGGAUCCGGUGUAGAGGACCAUCCGUGGAUGUGUAGCCUGGUUUGGGGUUUCUGUGUAUCUGUUCCUGUCUGGGAGGAGGAGAGCCGCGAGUUUCAUGUUCUCCAUCCAGGACUCCCUGUCCCGAGGAGGACUCAGCAUGAAGGAGGAACCGCUGGCAGCCGGACUGUCAGUCAGAUCCUGGAUACAUGGCUCGGGCAUCCUGGACUCCAGCACUGCAGCCCAGAGUGGUGUUGGUUUGGCCCGAGCUCACUUUGAAAAGCAACCACCAUCCAACCUGAGAAAAUCCAACUUCUUCCAUUUUGUUCUGGCUUUAUAUGAUCGUCAAGGACAGCCUGUGGAAAUUGAGAGAACAUCCUUCAUCGAUUUUGUGGAGAAAGACAAGGAGCAGACUGGUGAAAAGACAAACAAUGGAAUACAUUACAGAUUGCAACUUCUCUAUAGUAAUGGACUGAGAACAGAGCAGGACCUCUAUGUGCGACUUAUUGACUCAAUGUCCAAACAGGCAAUUAUCUAUGAAGGUCAAGAUAAGAACCCAGAAAUGUGCCGUGUUCUCCUCACCCAUGAGAUAAUGUGCAGUCGAUGCUGUGAUAAGAAGAGUUGUGGGAAUCGCAAUGAGACGCCGUCGGACCCGGUCAUCAUUGACAGAUUUUUCCUGAAGUUCUUCCUGAAAUGUAACCAAAAUUGUCUAAAGAAUGCUGGGAAUCCCCGAGACAUGAGGAGGUUCCAGGUCGUGGUUUCCACAACAAUUAACGUAGAUGGUCAUGUCCUUGCAGUUUCGGACAACAUGUUUGUACAUAACAACUCCAAACAUGGGCGUCGAGCACGGCGUCUGGACCCUUCAGAAGCAGCCACUCCCUGCAUCAAAGCUAUCAGUCCUAGUGAGGGAUGGACUACAGGUGGUGCCACAGUGAUCCUUAUAGGAGAUAAUUUCUUUGAUGGCCUUCAGGUUGUCUUCGGCACAAUGCUGGUAUGGAGUGAAUUGAUUACGCCUCACGCCAUACGAGUACAGACACCUCCAAGACAUAUCCCAGGAGUGGUGGAAGUCACGCUCUCUUAUAAGUCCAAACAUUUUUGUAAAGGGGCACCUGGGAGAUUUGUAUACACAGCUUUGAACGAGCCGACCAUUGACUACGGGUUUCAGCGACUUCAGAAGGUGGUACCCAGGCACCCAGGAGACCCUGAGCGAUUACCCAAGGAGGUUUUGCUAAAAAGAGCUGCAGAUCUAGUGGAGGCUUUGUAUGGAUUGCCGCACAAUAAUCAGGAUAUCAUAUUAAAAAGAGCUGCAGAUAUUGCUGAAGCAUUGUACAGCGUCCCUCGCAACUCCAAUCAACUAUCAUCACUAACAGCCAAUCAUCCACACUCCGGCAUGAUGGGAGUCAACUCAUUCGGGAGCCAGCUUGCCAUCAACAUUGCAGACUCUUCUCAGCCAUCUGAUCAAGGUUACUCCAGAAACUCCAGCAGCGUGUCUCCACGAGGUUAUGUACCCAGCUCAACGCCGCAGCAGUCAAAUUAUAACACCAUCACCUCCAGCAUGAAUGGAUAUGGGGGGACGAGUAUGACUACACUUGGGGUACCGGGCUCACCGAGCUUUCUGAACGGAUCCACCGCUAACUCUCCGUAUGCCAUUAUGCCUUCUAGUCCCCCACUCGGAGCAUCUUCCAUCACCCUCUCAUCCAGUGCAAACUCUGCCACCUCUGCGGGUGUCUUCUCCUUUUCUCCUGUCAAUAUGAUCUCAGCGGUCAAACAGAAGAGUGCUUUUGCACCGGUAGUCCGACCCCAAACGUCCCCUCCACCAACCUGCACCAGCUCAAGUGCAAAUGGCCUCCAAGCCAUGUCUGGCCUCAUAGUGCCACCAAUGUAGGAUAAACCAAGAAGAGAAGAAUAUCAACCCAUUGUGGGAAAUUCUAUCUGUCUUGGACGCUGACCAGGCCAUGUGGACAAUUCGCCCAGUCUUCUUACGAAGCCAGGAAUACCUGGAUGAAACAGAGUUGCAGAGACCUGAGGGAGAGAACGAAUUAGGCGUAGACAGAUUAUGUUCCUAAUGAAGGUUUACAGUUUUGUGAAUGGGCCCAUCCAAAAAGGAACAUGCCACUCUUAUUAUUCCCCUUCCGUAUGAGGGGCAUACAAUGCAUCGAAGAGGACACCAGGUGCCUUUUCCAUUCUUCCUUUAAUAAAAGACAUUUAUAUGUGUAGGACCAGUCAUCUAUAAUUUUCCAUAUAUUAUGUCAGUUCAAGACAAUUUUUACAGUAAGCUACCUGGGAUCUUCCUGUUGCUUAUGAACCAAGUCUUUUAUAACCAGAAGACAAGCUUGCACUGAGACUUUUUUUUUGCCAACUCCUUAUUGAAACUGGAUCUCAUCUGCAACUUCACAUGUAGAACUCAGGACUACGUUGCAGAAUCAGCUUUGGAGUCAUUGUCACUUUGUCCAACAUCCUAUAUGGUGGAUAUAUGCAAGAUAACGGUGUGAAGGUCUGCCUAGAUAACUGAGGGGAACAUGUCCCUUCAGGUCUUUCCAUCAUAUGAGCGAAGGAAUGAGUUAAAACACAUGAGGUUUAUAUGCUCAGACUCACAUUUUGGUAGCGUGUCCUCCACCACUGCACUGUGAUGUCAUAAUUUUAGCAAAUAGCAUAUUUCUCCACUUAAUGUGCUGGGAAAUUUUUAAAAGUGAUGAGAAACCCUGUUUUUGUUUUGUUUUGUUUUUCAUCUGUGUGGAAUAUUUUUUUUUUAACCAUAUCAGAGGUUGCCCCCUCAUUUUUACACCAGUGGGCAUCUAUGUAGCACCAAUGUGAUUAUUUGCUAUAAUGCUUUCAUUUAGAUAAACCAAACCAACAAGGACAUGUACGAUAACCUUUUCUUCACCUUCAGAUAAAUUGAUUGUAAGCAUUUCAACCAAGUUUGUAUAGAGGGAAAACUAAGGGCAGAUAUUUAAAUUCAUUAAAUUUGUAUACAUUAAAUGUUAAUUCAUAUAUGCUGUAAAUCAUCCCCUCCUUGCCCAGCUCACCUGCAUACACUAACUCCUGCACAAGCAGGAUGGAGGUCGGUGGGUGGCUUUCUGACGCAGUGGCCUUAGGCAUGACAAGACGUUAGAGAUAUUGAACUGUGUGGUUUUAGGCAAAGUUCAUAGUAGUAUUCCAUAUCAGAACAAGGUGGCAAAUGAUAGUUUUUUUCCACUUUUUGGAAUAUGAUGUCAUUAUUUAUAAAUAAUUGUAUUUAUUCACUCUUUUUUGUACCCAUGAGCUUAUAAGUCUACCUGUUGAGUGCCUAUCAAGGGUGCAAUUUAUUGUAAACCUGGUGGCACUCAGGGAAUUAAAGA